CGCGCACUGCCAGUUGCACCUCUUCGUGAGGGCUGCGCAACGAGGACUUGUCUCACACACACGGAAACCGGCUCACUAUACCCUAGCAAAUGGUAAAGCAGCGAAAGUAUAAGUAGCGCCUUAUACACUGUUGUUGGGACGUGUUAGACAAAAUUGCUACGACUAUACUACUGCUUGACUAAAUAACAUGACUUUCUCAGCACCAGUGGCAGUGACUUCGGCCGCGGCUACCCUUGGCUCUUCCCAACGAGAUGGCCAAGAGCCUCCUUUAUCGUCACUUCAUCAGUACGAUACUGUCCAAGCAAACGGUAACAGAUCUACUGGUAAUGCUGCCAGGGCUCACAAUAGUGACCUGAUCUGUGUUGGGAUGUGGGUUAACAAGGGAGAGCACCAGGAAACCAACACUCCGACGAAUGGAGUUCAUCCUCCUGCACCCAAUACAGCUUGUACGCGCCACCGCAAGCUGAGCGAAGCAUGCUCUCCCUCCGCCAGUAACCUCCAGAUUGCCAGAAUUCUCACAAAACCAUACACGAUCGACUCUACUGAUGAUAUACGGGAUGGAGGCGCCGGUGGAUCGUCCGCAGCGGUGUGUACAUGCGUCGUAGCAUUCGAGGUUUACGAGGACGAAGCGGAGCCACGCAAGGCAAGGACGAAUGGAUCGGCGGCGUCUGAGAAGCGGCUGGAUGGGACGAGGUAGUGUGAAGCUUCCCUUAGCACCCUUUAUGCGACACGAACCAUAUGGAUGAGCGACAGAUCAUCAGGCGUUUGGUUCAGGGUAGAGUGCGGUGGGGGUUGGGACCUAAAAGCUAUGUUUCGCUUUACUUGUUAGUUCAGGGUAUAUCGGUAGAGAAGAAUACAUCUAAAAUCAUGUGUGCCAC